UGGCAGUUUUUUAGCGGUUUCAGAUUUUGUUUUCGAUUUGGUGCAUUAAAUUUGAAAGGUUUUGUGAGUGUUAAUGUUAAAUCUAACGUUAAUUGCAACUUGACAUAGUUCAUCACAAAUCCCGACGAUGAGUGAUCCGAGUGAAGAUGUUAUCCAGUGGAAAAAGCUGUGGCAGCUUGUAUCCGGAAUUCACUACGAAACACCAAACGCCGUCGUUCAGGACCGGCUGUCGGAUGUUUCGAAGCAAUUAACCGAUGGCAUUUUGAUGUAUAAAAAAGCUGCCGGUGACAAGACCUCCGAAGAGCAGUUGAAGAAAGUAAUGAAGGAACGCAACCAGCACAAGCUGCUUGCUUUUGCCACCAAGUUGUAUCAGUAUUUGGACAUUGAUGCUAUACAAUCGUGGAAUAUUCUCUGUUUCUACCUUGUCAACGAAUAUCGUGGACCAGCCAGUGCUUUGGCAGACUACAUCUCAGCGGAAAGUUCAAUGUUGACUCUACUGAGCGAUAUCUGGUCAUUCUACAGCUUGGAAAGGAUGGUACUCUUGAAAAUUGUCAAAAAUUUGCUGGAAUUCUACAAUUCCGGUAGUCAUCCGUAUUCCAAGGAGUACAAAACCAUUAUCGAUAAAAUUGGAUUGGCACAACUCAGGACUGCAUAUAUCAAACAGUUAGAGCAUCUAAUCAACGAUAAUAUGCCUGGUAAGCUGAUCCCGGGUGACAUGUUCAACAAUCAUGCCAAGAUGGUCUUGAGAUCAGAACGGAAGUUGCGCGAAAUGAAUGAAAUUUUGCACAUAAUUCUUAUGAUCAUCCAUUACGAUGGGAUUAGCGUGGAUGAGUUUAGCCGUCUAUUUAAACUGUUCAAAGGACACGCAUUUGGCAGACAACAGCAGUAUUUGGACAGCGCUAACGAGAGUCAUAGUGAUUUGGUGAAAAGAAUUACAUUCAGUGAACUAGCGAUUGUGUGCGAGGCAUUAGAUCUUACCGAAAAACCUGACAAGAUCGUCUGGGCAGAAGAAGUUAUCAAAGCACUUGAUAGUGAAUUGUUUUCAUUGCAUCAGUUCCCGGAACAUGGACCACUUUUGUUAGUGUGGAUGCUUUUUAAUUUUAGAAUUCCAAGUCAGAUGGAAGACGACGAAUUGUCUACUCGGUAUCGAAAGUUUGGUUCCAGAGCAAUGCAGCUUGGUGUAUUUGAGUAUCUUCAAGCUUUGGUAACACAUCGAACCUUCAAGGAUCACAGUCUUGUUUGCCGUAUCACGCGGAAAGCAAUCUUCAAUCAACUUGGGUUCCUUUGUCAACUUUUCGACACUGAUGGAUCCGUUGCUGAUCUUGCGAAAGUCAUCGACUUGCUCAGCGAACUGCUCCAUAGUCCGUCUAUUGCAACUGAAUUUUGCAAAAAUGAAGCAAAUCCUGCGCGAUCGUUAUUCGAUACAUCAUUGGAAAAAUUCCCAGUGGACUUCAAACCCCUGGCAAUGAUUGCUCACGCUUUGGCUUCAGCAGGACCAAGCUCGUACAAGUAUGUCCAUGCGUUGCUGGAGCGUCUACCAGUUUACAGUGAAGUGUAUGACCCCGACAAAUACGAAUUGCGUCCUUCGGGUUCAAGCGAGGACGAGUUUGUGCUUACGCACGAUUAUGUACCUUUUCGAAAAAUUGGUUUCAAAGUUCCUCGAGGCACCAGUGCGGUAGUGCUUGACAAACGAACGCAUACGAUGGUGCACUUUCGGACAAAGUUGAAUUUUUAUGAUGCUUUGCAUCACGAAAUCAACGAAAUGCUGUCGGAUGCGCUGGCCUACACUCAGCUCAAUGACGAACGGAUUCAACGGAUUACUGCAGGUAUACGCUACUUAGCUGUUGCUGUAAAACGUAUCCAUCAGCCACAAGAAAUCAGCUCGGAAAUGGUCCAUCCAACAGAAAUGGUCUUCGACAUUCUGCUCAAAUUCAAAGUGGUUCAAAAUCCACCAAUCGAAUUGUUGGCUGAAUGUUUAAAUGUUUGCGCUGCGCUAGUACCGCUUUUUGAACAGGAAAUAUACGCCCGUGUCAUCAAUUUGAACAUCCUACCCACGGUAAAUAAUGCCAAUUUGGACUUCAAGGAUUACGCCACCGGAACUAGCUUCGAGUCGAGUUUGAUAGGAUAUUACCUGGUGAAUUGCGAGAAAAAUGUAGGAAAGUAUCGUAUUUUGAUGGCAUACUUCAACUUUUUGAAAACCUACACCAAAUUGGGUAAGAGCAACAUUUUUGCAGUAGAACUGCCCGGAUUGAUUUUCCUGUUGAGAGAAGUAUUUCCGCUUGCUCACUCAUGGCGGGUCGAGAACGAAUUGGAACGACAGAAAGUUUAUGUAUUCAUUUUGCAGUAUAUGUUUGAAAUUCUUCAACUGAGUCCGGAAGCGCUGAAGAAUGACUAUCCCAGAACGGUGCUGCAAAAUGUUUGCGUUUACAGUUUGCUUGAUUUGGACAACGGACUCACUCUGCUGAAGUUUGUCGCCUUAGGCAAUGGUUACUUGCAGUCGAUAAUGGAAAACGAAACCAGCUGGAUGAUGGCCCAAGAGCAAAGCAUUAAUCAGUUGGUACAGCUAUCGAUGACUAUUCUGAUGCAAAUUUUGAGACUCAAGCGUACCGUAAUUGAUAAUGAAAAACUGUUGACACCUUUGGAAUCAGCCAUUUAUACCCAACCGAAGCAAAGAGAUACCCUACGUAUUAUUCCGGUCGUGACGAGUUAUAUGAAUAACAUAUUCAAUAGAAGGCUGCCAAUACUGUCUUGUAGAUUAUUGAGACGCUUCUCGCUCGAGUUUAAGAUGUCUUUGCUUGCUUGUUUGGACAUUGAACCGGAUCAAAUUCGAUUAAUUUUUCUUCAACGACUAAGAGAUGAUCUCGAGAGUGACAACCUGAAGAUAGCAGUCUUGGAGUUCGUUGAAGCCUGCAUUCAUAAACAACCAGGUCUAACGGAAGCUUUCUUCAAAAUACACUACGAUAACGUAGAUAACAGGCUCUUCUUAGGGGUGAAACCGGGUAAAAAGAAGAACAUAAGCGAUGGAAUACCAACCUACAUGGAGGAGUAUCUGGAAGCGAUCUCCAGCGAUCCGAAGAAAUUGGCUAGUCCUCUUUUGUCUCGGAUGAUGUCUUUGUUCCAUGCUCUUUGGAAGAACAACAUGCAGAUUCUCUGUAAAGAACUGCUGGAAAAGAAAAGCUUUUGGCCUAGUUUGUGUAAUCCACUGUUUGGGAAUGUUAGUGAAAAUAUCAGAGCUUACAGUCAGUUGUUCAACAUUCUCGGUAUAGAACUGUUUAAAAUUGACAGCCCGAGAAAAAUUGAUGAAGAUCUCAAGAAAGUUUAUGAGAAAUUUCUCGACUAUGAUGUUUUCUCACGGUGGGUCCGUGCAGUGUUUGAACUUCCUAGAACCAGUAGCGAUGCAUGCGAUGAUAGCGUCUCUUUUACCUCGGCAAUAAUCGACGAAACUCCGGAAUGGCUCAGUCGGUUGCAGUCCUUCAAAGAUUUAGUAGUACUACUUCUAAAAAAAAAGGACACCGGUAUAUAUCUUCCGGAUCGCAGCAAACGAUUCCUAGCGCAUCAGUGCCUCAAUGUGCUGCUGGAACGUGCGCAGUAUACGGAGGAUCUUCGCCCAUUCGUGAUUCUUGCAGAAUUAUACCUCAUAGUACUUUCAGACUACGAACACAAAUAUACCGACGAUUCCAAACAGGAUGAAGAUGUGUUGCACAAGAUUCAAAGCUUGCUGAACGUUUUUGCCAUUAAUUACAAUGAACUGCACUCAAGAGCAAAGGAAUCCGUCCUGGCGAUUGCUAUUAAGGCAGUGGAACUCCAGUCUGAUCAACUGAUUGAAAAUACGGUAAUUAUUUCGAGCAUAACACGUUCUUCUGUGGAUGUCGUGUGUCAUGAAAUUUACGAUCUGGAAUCAUCCACGAAAGCUGAGAUUAAAUCAUCCUCUGUUAAACCUACCAGCCGAGGGCAAAUACCAUUACUCUUGGCUCUGAACUUGUUGAAGAAAUUAAUACUCGUUUAUGAAGAAAACGAAAAUCCGGCUUCACGGUGGCAGUGCUGGUUUAUUCGAAAUAAAGUUUUUCUCCGGUUGAUCAGUGUCACGAACGUUUUGUUGCCAUUGUAUUCCAAACGGAAGAUAACCGAAGAAAUUUUAGAGCUCCUCGUUGUGUUGGCCAAGAGUAGAUGUUCGAGCGAAAUGCUACACUGUGAGAUAGGAGAUUAUCUUUGGCUGAAACUACUGCCACCGAAGGAACUAUUACAAAAGAAGCCAAACACGAUGGUAAAUGAAGGUGAAAACAAAUGGAAGUCUCAAGAUUGGUGGCCAAUUUACACUCGAGGGAUAGAAUUGGUCCGAGUGCUGCUGGCCCAACACAAGUAUCGUUUUCUGAAGGAUGCGUUAUUCUUUGCUGGAAUUCACGAAGAAUACCUCAUAGAUUCGCUGCUGUUGGCCAAACAGUCAAUGGAAGACAAGGCAGUGGAGCUGAUCAAAGGGACACUCGAAUUGCUGGGUGAACUGGUAUACUACGAGAGGGAAUGGCGACUGGACCAUGGACAAAGUUUGAUCAAUCUGAUGAGAUGCGUGCAAGUCCUCAUGGAUCAUAGCGUUGCCCUGCUCUAUCGACCGAAAAUUCUGAAACGACUUACGGAAGGACCUUCUGCAGAACUCUGCACCGAUCAGGACGAUCCGAAUGCUGUCGAUACUUCCGAUGAACUCGUAACUGCUAUGAACAAUGUUAUUGGGAUUAUCACUCUCAGUGCCAAGUGUCUCUUAAGGUUCAGCCCAAAUCUGUUGAAUCUGCUUUGUGAUGUUGACUUCUACCCUGGUCGAUGGUAUCCACUAAUAGAAAUACAAUUUGGAGUUCCGAAGAUGAACGCAGAUAAUUACUCACAACUCAGUUUUGGAACUGUCCUAAGAGCCGUUUGCAUGUUCACAAAAGUUUUGAAUGUGCAACACUAUUCGUUUCAAGAUACUCCACUAAAUCAACUUCCCGCCGGAGAAACAGACUGUGUCGAUGCGAUACCGUCCUUAUCCAACGCAUCAUUGGCUCAGCUGAACAGAUCUACCCUGGCUGCGAAUAAUGGUACAACUCGCCAGUCAAGCUCUCGUACUCCUUUCGCCAAGUCACUCUCGAUGACAUCGGUAUCCAGUUUCACAUCGACAAAUGCUAUCACACUUUCCAACGAGCUUCUUACACAUCUCGAUUCGAAGCUCUGCAUAAGCGGUUUGGAAUAUGUCCUGACACUGCUAGCAUCCCAAAGCUUGCUCGCACUAAAAGAUACCAAUCUAUCGCAGCGUGAAAAACAGCUCAUUAAACGAGAACUGAGCACAGAAUUGUUGAUUUUCCACGAUUUUGUAAAGAAACGCAUCCUGAAGGAUUCGAAAGAAAUCCUAACGCGCAAAAAGUAUGGAUCGGUGCCAAUCUAUAACGCGAAUGACGAAGACGAUGACAACACCGAAAACAGAGUAACAAAUUCAGUGAAAACUGUGCCAGUAGCAUUGCCGAAGAAACCCGAUCGCAGUCAAUCGAUGCGAGUGAAUGUAGUGCUGAAGCAACAUCUACAACAAGCAGCCUCGUCACCGCUGAGUCCAAUUGCUCAUAGUUCACAGGUAGAUCCCGCUCUGCAUAAAGCUUCCUCGUCUACUCCGGCGAUGCCUCGAGGCAUUCUAAGACCACCCAAUGCGGUAUCCGUCAAGCGGGUAAUGUUCGACGAAGGCCUGGAAAGUAAUAAAACUUUUGCCUACGCAGGCCCCGAGGAUGAACCUAUCUUAUACGAACCGGAGGAAUGCAAGUAUACAGGUUUGUCGCACGUGAGGAUUGUCGAGGAAGAUUAUCUCCAUCUGAUGUCGAACUUGUUCUUUAUCAUAGCACAGAGUGAACAUUAAAGCUAGAAGAUCUACUAUUGUUUAGAAUGAAGGAUGUAAGCUUUGAUUAAAACUG